GCAAAGAGGAGGGUAGAGAUGUUGCGGAUGAUGAUGAUCAGUGCGUUUCUGUCUGGCGUGGUGACUGUCACCGCUGCCUUGCACUCCUCUACCGCCUUGAACGGCGGGAUUGGCGAUCCUCUUGCUCAUCACGGCCGCUGUGAGCCUAUUACCAUCAAUCUCUGCAUGAACAUCCCAUACAACGAGACGAUCAUGCCGAAUUUAAUGAAUCAUCAGAAGCAAGAGGACGCCGGCCAAGAAGUGCACCAGUAUAUGCCGCUCGUCAAGAUGAAAUGCAGCCCGGAUCUGCGUUUCUUUCUGUGCACUGUCUACGCGCCCGUUUGUACCAUAAUCGAGAAGGCGAUACCGCCGUGCCGGUCGCUCUGUGAGAGCGCGCGCUCCGGCUGCGAGGAGUUGAUGAACAGCUUCGGUUUCAUGUGGCCGGAGGCUCUAGAAUGCUCCAAGAUGCCGGAGAAUGACGGCACGGAGCUCUGUGUAGGCACCAACGAGACCACCACACGUCAGGAACCUGUGCCUAUCUCUCCUCCCGCUCGUAUGCCGAUGGCGGAGUUCCAACCAACCUGGAAUGAAGGAUUAAAACCUCACGGUGGCAAAGGCGUUGGCAAGGGUAAUGGCAACAAUUUCAUGAUGGGUGCCAGGGAUUUUGGCUUCGUCUGUCCAAUGCAGUUCAAGAUUCCUCAUGGAUUAGGAUAUUCAUUAAAAGUGGGAGACAAGGUGGAACCCGAUUGCGGAGCACCCUGCGAUGGGAUGUUCUUUACCGAGAGGCAAAGAAGAUUCUCCAGGAUAUGGGUUGGCACUUGGGCCUCUAUUUGUGCCGCUUCGUGCUUCUUCACGUUCCUGACAUUCCUCAUUGAUACUGAUAGAUUUAGGUAUCCUGAGAGGCCUAUCAUUUUCUUGUCCGUAUGUUACCUGAUGGUGGCACUAGUUUAUGUGAUUGGCUGGGCAGCAGGGAAUUCUAUAUCCUGUAGGGAGCCAUUCCCAUCGCCUCCAAGUAUCCGGUUACAGAUGGCUUCUACAAUCACUCAGGGUACUAAACAUGAACUGUGCACUGUGCUCUUCAUGAUUCUCUAUUUCUUCGGCAUGGCGUCGAGCAUUUGGUGGGUCAUCCUCACCCUUACAUGGUUCUUAGCGGCUGGAUUAAAAUGGGGGCAUGAAGCGAUUGAAACCAAUUCGCAAUACUUCCAUUUAGCUGCCUGGGCUGCACCGGCCGUGAAGACUGUUACUAUUCUGGCAAUGGGAAAAGUGGAAGGUGAUAUAUUGUCCGGAGUUUGCUAUGUUGGUCUUUGGAACGUGGAGGCUCUUCGGGGUUUUGUGCUGGCACCGCUAUGCGUUUAUCUUUUAUUGGGCACUGGGUUCCUGCUGGCAGGUUUCGUCUCGCUCUUUCGCAUUCGCACGGUGAUGAAGCACGACGGCACAAAGACUGAUAAACUCGAAAAACUCAUGAUUCGCAUCGGCAUCUUUUCUGUGCUCUACAUUGUACCUGCUCUAGUCGUAAUCGCCUGCCUUUUCUACGAACAAGCGUAUUUCGAUCAAUGGAUGCUUACGUGGAACUUGGAGAUGUGCUCGCGACCGGGCCUGCAAGUACUCUACUCGUUGCCGUGUCCUCAGGGCGAGCGCAUUCGCGAUCUUGGUCGUAAACCCGAUUUCGAGAUUUUCAUGAUCAAAUACCUCAUGGCGAUGAUUGUGGGCAUUACUAGUAGCUUCUGGGUAUGGUCUAAGAAGACGCUUACCAGUUGGCAGCAGUUCUUCCAUCACAUACGAGGUCAUCGCACUGAAGCCUACGUCUAAAUCCGCAGCUGCAUUUGUUCACGAAGAUCUACGUACUUUUUUAUUUUUUAUUUUUUUUUAUUGAACGAUCAGGUAAAUUAUAUAUGACGAGUUGAAUCUUUUCAAAAGAUAUUUACACGAGAACAAACCAAUGUCUUUUUCUCAAUAUUUUACUUUGCUUCUUGAACUUUAUAGCUCUUUGUAACUUAAUGUGCAGUUAAGAAAGUAAGAGAAUUUUUCGAUAAUGUAUGUGGAGGUAAAACACGUACGAUAUCGUGACUUUUAUAAUGAUGUUAAAAUGUAAGUUCAGCUAGUAAGAUAGCCGCAUGAUCGCUGAUAGGAAUUCCCGAAUUUCUGAGUGUUACGUCUCAAUUUACAAUGCUAAGCAUAAUUAAAACGUAUUAUUUUUUUAUUAACAUUGGAAAAUCGUCAUUAGCUUUAAACAAAAAUGUUAA